AUGGGAAAUUAAUGUAAGGGCUAGUAUUGUGAUAAUGAAUAUCGAUAGGAAGUGUCACAUACUCCAUUAGACAUAUUCAAUAAGAUAGUAAAAAUAUAAGCAAUCAUACGGGGAUUCCUGUCAAGAAGGUAAAAGCUUAUAUUGAGAAAUAAUAAAUAAUUAUUAAUGGAAGAAAGGAGAAUCUUAAAAAAGUUUGGAUUUAAUAAAUUGGAACACGUAUUAACCUACAGGAUUCUGAGGAAGAAAAACAUUAAGAUUAUAGUUUAGGAUACAGAGGCAUAUGUUGGUGAAAUUAAUAGUUAAAAUUAACCACAUGGAAUGGGAAGAAUAGUUUACUCAAAUAAUAGUUAUAAAGAAGGAGAAUUUCAGAAUGGAGAAUUACGCAAAGGAAUCUAUUAUUUCAAUGAUGUUAUAUUGCAAGGGUAAUUUCAAAAUAAUUUAUUACAUGGUCGAGGCAGAACAAAGUUAAAAGAUGGAACCAUUUAUGAAGGUGGAUUUGAAAGAGGAAUCCGAAGUGGAUAUGGCAAAUUAAUAGACACUAAUGGCAAUAUUUUCGAAGGUCAGUUUAAAAAUGGAUUAUUAAAUGGAGAUGGAGAAUUCGUUGGAAAAGAUGGUAGAUAUUAUAAUGGAGAAUGGUUAAAUGGUAAAUAUCAUGGCAGAGGAGAAUUGCUCUUUCCUGAUGGUCAAAAGUAUGUUGGAGAAUUUGAGAAUCACAGGAGACAUGGCUUUGGUCAACAAAUUACCUAACAUGGUUAAUAUAUUGGAACUUGGAAAAAUGGGAAAUAGUGUGGAGAAGGUUAAUUAGUCUUUAAUGGUUAACAGAUAAAAUGUAUUAACGGAUGUUAUAAGUGA